AUGACGGCCCGGUUGACCGGAAGAACUGUCGCAAGCGCGAGAGCAACUCACCCAAGCCCGCCGCGAGCUCGAGGACACCAGACUGCAGCUCCACACCAUGAACCCAGGCUCAGGAAGCCCCUCUUGCUCGGCCGGCGUAUGCGGAUGUCGCCCGAUGUACACCUCCUACCAGCGGUCCUAGUCUGGCAUCCUCCGCAAGCCGGAACGGCUACGCCAGAGCCAGCGUUCUGCACGGUAGACAUGACCAGGGUACCGGAGGAACACAUCGAAGAGGCUACACCAGUGGCUCUUCGCAAACUCAUCGAGAACGAGAUGCGAGCGCCGGGAGACCAACCCAAAUGGCGUUGUCUUGCCGUUACCAGAGACAGAGGAAACAUCAACCGCCUUAGGAUCGUUGGCAGGAACGAAGCGGAAGUAAAGAGAAUCAAGGACAUCAUCGAAGCGAAGAAGGCGCCGGGUGCACACGUCCUACGUGACCAGCUGUACCCAGUCAAAGUUGACAACGUCAACCGUACGGCCGUUCUCGACCCUGAAGGCAAAGUACUCCCCGGAGCGGCGGAAACCCUGGGCCGAGAGAACGACGUGCAGAUCGCCAAGUUGGCUUGGUUGAGCCGGAAGGACACUGCGAAAAGCGUAUGGAUCGAUGGUGGUAGAUGGGCUAUCCGGAGCAUGCUCUGGGUGAACAAAAUCGUGGAAGCCGAGCAGGUGGCAGUGGACUCCCCGGACAUCACGGCAGCAGUCAUACGGCUCCCGGAGCGCGUAGUCCUGGUCGCGUCCGUCUACGUACCGUGUGGGGACGGCGAGGCACUAAAAGACACCUGCGAGAACCUCCGCAGGGUGGUAGCAAAGGCGAAACGGGGCGUAGGAACGACUGUCGAUAUAGUGGUUGCAGGUGAUUUCAACUGCCACGACCAAAUGUGGGGAGGAGACGACGUCUCAUCCUCUUCGAUAUUGAGGUACCUGUGCCCGACGCACCACGACCGACUGCUUCUCAAGAACGCGCCAUGGAAAGACAUCAGAGCCAAAAUUGCAAAUACACUAGGGGACACCCCAGCGGAGGGGACAGUCCAGCAGAGAACGGACCGCCUGAUGUCCACUGUCUCAGGCGCGGUUCAUUCCCUCACUCCCAAAGCCCGGCCAUCGCCAUACGCAAAGCGAUGGUGGACUACGGACCUGACGCAGCUACGUCACAUCUACACGCACUGGAGGAACCGCGCUCGCUCGGAACGCCGGGCAGGUUGGACCACAGCCGAGAUUGAGGAAUUGGCAAAGGGUGCAGCAAAACAGUACCACGAUGCCAUCCGGCAGCAGAAGAAGAAGCACUGGGCCGAGUUCCUUGCGGACAACGACAACAUUUGGAAGGCUGCAAAGUAUCUAAAAUCCGGAGAUGAUACCACGUUUGGAAGGAUCCCGCAACUUGUUAGAGCAGAUGGUACAUCCACGGCCGAUCAUAGAGAACAGGCCGAAGAGCUCCUAACAAGAUUCUUCCCGGCCUUGCCCGAUACGAUCGACGAUGAAGGUCCAAGACCACAGAGGGCACCCAUCAUGACGCCUAUCCUUACGAUGGAGGAAGUCGAACGACAGCUGUUCGCAACGAAGUCCUGGAAGGCACCAGGGGAGGACGGUUUGCCGGCAGUGGUGUGGAAGGAAGUCUGGCAGGUGGUCAAGCACCAUGUACUGGCGCUCUUCCGUGCCUCACUGGAGGACGGGGCCCUUCCCAGCCAGUGGCGACAUGCUAAUAUCAUCCCGCUCAAGAAACCGGGCAAAAAGGACUACACCAUCGCAAAGGCGUGGAGACCAAUCUCCCUCCUAGCAACGCUGGGCAAAGUGCUGGAGUCGGUGAUCGCGGAACGGCUGUCCCACGCCGUGGAGACCUACGGCCUCCUGCCCACCAACCACUUCGGCGCGCGGAAGCAGCGAUCAGCAGAGCAGGCGCUGGUAUUUCUACAGGAGCAGAUCUACACGGCCUGGAGAGGACGGAAGAUUGUCAGCCUCAUUAGCCUCGAUGUCAAGGGAGCCUAUAACGGAGUCUGCAAGGAACGGCUGGUCCAGAGGAUGAGGGCACGUGGUAUCCCGGAAGAGCUGUGCCGAUGGACAGAAGCUUUCUGUUCUGACCGUACGGCCUCUAUCCAGGUCAACGGGCAUGCUGCGGAACGACGGGACCUCCCACAGGCUGGCCUGCCCCAAGGCUCGCCCCUCUCCCCUAUCUUGUUCCUCUUUUUCAACGCGGAUCUGGUCCAGCGAAAGAUCGAUAGCAACGGUGGUGCAAUAGCCUUUGUCGAUGACUUUACCGCCUGGGUCACAGGACCGACGGCACAAAGCACACGCAAGGGCAUCGAAGCAAUCAUCGACCAAGCACUAGACUGGGAAAAGAGAAGCGGAGCGACAUUUGAAGCAGACAAGACAGCCGUCAUCCACUUUACCCGCAAGGCCUAUAAAGCCAACUCGGAGCCCUUUACGAUCAAGGGUCAAGAUGUUCAGCCGAAAGACCACGUUAAGAUCCUUGGAGUGGUCAUGGAUGCCAAGCUCAGGUAUAAGGAGCAUAUCGCAAGAGCGGCCUCCAAAGGGCUCAGCGCGGCGAUGGAGCUCGAAACGGCUCAGUGGUCUAUCCCCGGCUACGGCGCGGCAGCUGUUCACCGCCAUGGUCGCGCCAGUGGUGGACUACGCAUCCAGCGUCUGGAUGCACCAAUCACGGUAGCAACACGCGUAGCAGAAGCAGAAGCUCACAUCCCCACGGCUCAAGAUCGAUUCUGGAAGAGGGCGAUCAAGAUGUGGACGGACAUCCACACCCUACCAGAGACGAAUCCACUCCGCAACACCACUUCCCGGAUGCGCAAGUUCCGGAGAUCCUACCGCUCCCCUUUCUUUCAAGUAGCAGAUCUCCUCAAGGACGUCCCAUUGGACAGCCUCGAAACCAUCGCUCCCGUCGUAUUAGCGCCAUGGGAGAGGCGAGUCCGCACUACGGUUGACAGAACGGGCAUCCAGCAAAAAGAGACAGAGUGGGCGGUCCGGAUCGCCGUAAGCAGCUCCGCACGAAACAACAUGGUCGGGAUCGGAGGAGUCGUCCGUCUCCCGCUGCCGAUGCGAGAUGGCUCAAGGAACGAAGCCUUUAGUGUGACGCUGGGCUCCAGGUCGGAGCAAAACCCGUUCUCAGGCGAGCUUGCGGCUAUUGGCAACAAGGCAGCCGUGAUGGCCUUGGAGCGACCACACCAGCAAUCAGGACAACAAUAUCUCUGUCAGGCGUACGAUGCGAUAAGUGCCUUACGCAAGGCGGGAAACACGAUCUCGGUCGUCUGGAUCCAAGCGGGUACCAAAAACGAGCUGCCUGAACACAGCCAAAGCGAAAGCAAAGGAAGCAACAGUCGGCACGGACGACUACGCCACAUUGAAUCGCUAGGAUCCUGCCAUGCGGUCAAUCAUGCCCUCCGUAUCGCAUGGGCAAAGCGGGCACCGCCCACGUCCUUACCUGACAAAGUGGGCAGACAUUCCAAGAGAGUCGAUAUAGCGUUACCAGGGAAGCACACCCAACUAUUAUACGACCACCUGUCCCGAAGCGAGGCCGGCGUGCUUGCUCAGCUUAGAACAGGCAUGGCCAAGCUCAACACAUACCUGCAUCGCAUCAAAGCAGCACCGUCAGACCAGUGUACGUGUGGACAAGCCAGAGAGACAGUGGACCACUUCCUCUUCCGAUGCAAGCAAUGGGAUCAACACCGUAGGGAGAUGCUGCAAUGUACGGAUGUCCACAGGGGGAACCUCUCCUUCUACCUGGGAGGAAAGUCGCCCUCGGAUGACAAGGACUGGUCCCCCAACAUGCGGGCGGUGCGGGCGACGAUACGUUUUGCCAUUGCCACAGGUCGUCUGAGGACUGAACAACAACAGAAUGAAGCAAACUUAACCUCACCAUCCUAA